CUACAAUCCGUCCUUGGAGAAAUGGCACUCAAUCUCUUGAAGAUCAUGGCAGCAGUGCUGGCGGUGAUCACAAUCUUAAUCACUCAAGUCGAUGCUAACGGCAGGCUCGAUGUUUACGACCUCCCGGGUUGCCAAGACCCUGGAACGAGCUACACGGCCAAGCUCAAUCCUUGCUUCUCUACAUGUGUGGCCACUCCACUCUACUAUCGCUUCACAUACUCCGGGCAAGCUGGAAUUUUGUUUAGUCUGCCCGAUUGUCUUGGCACUUCAACCAUAGUUCGAUCGAAUGUGUCACUCUGUGAUGCGACGGAAGUGAGACUAGCACAGAGUGUGAGACUCACAUGCAUUCCAUAAGCUUUGCAGUGAAGCAAAAUACCAUGUACGAAGCACAUAUAUGUUGCUGGCGGGAUCAAGAGAGAUUAUUCCCGUCGAGGUGCUCUGUAAUAAUGCGAUGCUCCCUUUGAAUGUGUUGA